ACACGGACAUAGCGUACACACGCUUUAUUUAUUCAUGAGCAUCAUGCUGGAUUGGACCCAUAUUUUGCUAACUGAAGGGCAGAGGUGGAUGUGAGCGGGCAGCAGCAGAGUGGUCUCGGCCGGACAGAGCAACCUGUGCCUGGCUCUACCCGGAACCAUUAUGCAGACAGGAAACUACCAUUUUAAAGCUAGCAGCAUCGGAGGAGCCGUCGUCCAUAGGGGGGGACACCUAAAUCUGACACGGGGCGGAAAACAGCCAACCGAGGAGAAAAGACGGAAAAACACGACGCAAACAAAACAAAGGCGCCGUUUGGGAGAGGACGAGCAGUAAACCGGGGGAGCUGUAGGACUGAGGCGGCGAACAAUGGACAUAUCGGGCCAGGCCAGCGGAAAUAGUUUUUGUUAGCGAAUGAAAAGCAGCCCUCCCGGGCCGAUGGAGAGCCAGGCCUUUCACAGUGUUUUUCCAUGGAUGAAGAAAAAGGCCCCGCUGACGGGCAGUAGGUACACCGCUCUUACGGCGCACUCCCCGCUUGAUGUUUUCACAAUUUCACUCCCAUGUUUCUGAGGUGUUUUUGCACCUAGCCAUCGUAUGCUACAAGGCUGUCUGCCUCAAGACACCACUUGUCGGCGGAGAAAGCAAUCGUGUCUCCCCUAAAAGCCGCGGUCCAGCAGGGAGCCCCAGACCUGUGGAUCAGCCGGUUGCCACAAGAACUCCAUGAGGGGACAGUAGGCAACAACCAAUGGUUCUCCCUCCGCUGAUAUAGCACACUCCUUUCCAUGGAACUGCUGACCUGAUUUUCUAAAUACUAUGGAACACUUUGAAGAAACACUACAGACUCUUGUUUUUAGUAUGAUUUAGUUUAAUGCCUAUUUAUGACCCUUUUUUAUAAAAUCUCCCAGAAGCACUUGCAGGCUUCCCUCUUGAAGGAAAAACUAAUAGUGAUACAAAAAAAUCAAGCAUCUGCUUUUUUUGGAUUAUAGCAGUUUGUUGGAAGUUUGGGGUCAGGACUACUUCUGAAUAUCCCAACUUGUCCCAGCUGUUUCUAGCAUUAAAGGCUUAGUGCAAGCAGCACUUUGCACCUCACGGAUUGGAAGAUGUUCCAAUUCAGCAAGUACCCCAUGGACAUUUUAGAGAUGCUGAGCGGACACCAGGCCCACCAGUUUAAAGGCCUGGGAUUAGAGCGGCAGCUAAGCCACCAGCAGCAGGUCCAGCUGCAGCACCAGCAGCAGCUCCAGCAGCAGCACCAGCCCUCCGUUGACGGCUCAGGAAGCCUGCUCUCCGGCCUGGGCCUAGGACCCCUCCAGAGUUCUCGGAGUAAUGCCUUCGCCGACUCUUCCUCGUUAUUUGCCAAAAUGAGUGCCCCCCCCUCAUCAAUCUCUCAUCAGAGCCAGUCGUCUUCCUCUCACAGCUCCAGAAAGUCCAGUAAAAUGAGCAGUGGGAGCGCGAGCUCGGGAUACCCCCAGUUCCUGCGGCCAUUCCACCCGGCCGAGGCUGCUCUGGCUCAGGAGCAGCUCCACUCUGGGAUGGGACGCUUUGACUUUGGUAGCGGCAGCAGCGGUGGGAUUGUCACUCCCGCACCCCCACCUCCACCGCUGCAUCCAGGCCUCUCUGUCCCCCAGCCCUCUGCUGGUCCCCCCACUUCCUCGCCCUCUUCCUCCACCUCCUCAGCCAACCACCCCUCCGGCAGCACUGCGGUCCCCUUAGUGGGCCAGUCCGACCCCCGCAGCCUCCACCAGCAGUUCAGCUGCAUGCUGGCUGCCAACCAGUACUUCCUUUCCGGCGUCCCCACCAACAGCAGCCUGGAGCAGUUCCUCGUGCAGCAAGGCACUCACAACCACUUGGGUUUGGGUCUCAGCCAAGGGCCCAUCGACUCCAACUCUGGCCUGGCUCCUCCCCCUUCCCUCCACUCUGCACACAGCCACGGCCACUCAGCUCCACAGCUCCAGCAGCAGCAACAGCAGCUGAGCUCUCACGCCUUAUCUCAUCCACACAGCCACACUCACCACCCUCACCCUCUCCACCCGGCGCCCCAGCCUGCCCCUCUGGGUGGCUUUGAUUUCCAAGGCAUUCCAGUCCUCUCCUCUAACCAGAUAGCAUCGCUAAUGCAGCAAGAGGCUGGCCUUUCCCUCCCCCUGCCCCUGCACCUGUCCCUCUCUAAAGACGAUGCAAAGACAGGAGACAGCUCGUCUUCAUCUGCUUCAAGUGGAGGAAGCAGGAGAAAGAAAGCAAUGGCGGGCUACCUCCCCCAGAGGAAAUCCGAGACUAGCCUCCAGACCACUCACAGCAGCAGUGUCAGUAACUGCCACAGCAGCUCGAGUGGGCACAGUCAGAGCUCCUCAGCGGUCCUCGUGGGAGGAGCACCUGGGGGUGUUGGGAUAAGUGGCAUCGGAAGUGAGCCACAGCAUUCCUCUCACCACUCAUCAUCCUCACGGCAACAGCAGUCAUCCUCCAGCGUCUCCUCCUCAUCGUCGGCCCCUCCUUCUAAUUCCACCUCUGUGCUUGUAGCCAACGGUAACCAACAGUUGUCCAAAUCCCAGGACAGUCACAGUUCAUCCGGCCAGCCGGAGCCAGAACCCCUCUACCACUGUGGUGAAUGUGGUAAAACCUUCACCCACCUCUCCAGCCUGCGAAGGCAUCUCCGAAGCCACGGCUUGACACCAGAAAGCCAAAGCAGGAAGUCUGACUGUAACUCCCCAGGCCCAGAAAGGGUAUUCUGCUGUGGUCAGUGUGGGAAGAAAUUCAAAAAGAGGGGUCACCUCAUCCAACAUAGCGUCACCCACUCAGAAAACCGGCCUUUUGCCUGCAACAUCUGCCAAAAGUCCUUCAACCGGCGAGAGUCUCUUACGAGACACGAGAAGAUUCACGACGAUAAGCCUUUCCGCUGCCCGGCCUGCGGCCGCUGCUUCCGGGAGAGCACCUCUCUUCUCAACCACGCUGCUUCAGGGGCCUGUGGCAAACCUCCUCGGAGUUCAAAAAACCGCGCCAGCAGCGAAGGGAGCGUAUCAUCCAACCCGAGCAGCAGCAGCAGUAAAAUGGGAAGCAGUGGAAACAGGGUGGGACUCCCAAACGAUGGGGCAGCAAUGGCCAAUAUCAAGUAUGCAACAGAUUUUUCCAGAAACCGUUACCAGAAUCACUCGCCCUACAGCGGGGUGGACGAUUACAGGCGAUCACAACCAGCGUCCCUGUACUCCCCAGAGAGUCUAGCCAGUGAAAUGAACAACCAAACUCUGCGUAAGGCCCCAUUAGCCCCAACUCUGCACCCCCACCCACAGCCACAGCAGCAGCACCACCACCACCAACAGCCGCCGCAGCAGCAACAACCACAGCCACACCUCCCCCUCUCCUCCCUAUUGGAUGAUUCAGAGGAUGAAGUCACCAGCAGUGCGAUGUCAGCCAUCGCUGCUGCAGCUGCUGCUUCCUGUGAUUUAAACGCUGAAGGUCGGGACGGAGAGAGGAGGGAUAUCAUUGGAGGCCUCCUCGGAGGGUUGGGGUUUGGUAACCUCAGCGGACCGUCUUCUACAUCCAGCCUCAACGGUGCCACAUUGCCUUUGACCCACCCUAGCCAGCCCCACACAAAGCCCCGGAGGCCAAGGAAGCCCCGAGAGAAGAGAGACCCAAACAACAUCGUCAGGAGGAGAAGAAGCCCCGCCCCUCCAGGAGAUGGGUCAGAGCGGCCAUACAGCUGUCAGGUCUGUUGCAAACGCUUCAGGAGGGCGGAGACGCUGCGGCGCCACACCCGCGUCCACACGGGCGAGAAACCUCACGCCUGCGACGUGUGCGGCAAAAUGUUCCGCGAGCCUUUCCACCUCACCAAGCAUCUGACCGUGCACUCGGGUCAAAAGAACUACAAAUGCAAUCUGUGCGGGAAGAUGUUUGCCUAUGCACAGAGCCUGGUGAGACACGGGAAGCUGCACAGGAAAGGCGAGAUCGACAGCCAGGGGAGGCGGGUCAAAGGUGCUGCCGCUGCUGCUGUUGCUGCUGCUGCCGCCGCCGCCGCCAUCAGUCAGGUCGGCCCCUCAGGAAACUCUGACUACUUCUCAUCCUGCUCCCAAGGAGAAAAGUCUCCCACAUCUGGCACCCCCUCUCAGAGGCUUUACACCUGUACAGUGUGCUGGAAAUCAUUCCGCCACUACUUCCACCUGACGGCACAUCAACAGACGGUCCACGGGGGAGGGGUCGGGCUGGAGAAGUCCUUUCGAUGUGAAGUGUGCGGUAAAGCCUUCGCCUACUCCAACAGCUUAGUGCGCCACAAGCUGUCUCAGCACGGCAUCGACCGCAACGGCCAACGGGUCAACCAGUCCCAACCCUCGGGAUACUCCCCGGUCUUCUACGACUCAGGGUCAGGUUCUAACUACGCCGGGUCUUCAAACAUGCAACAAGGGGCUCCUGGGCAGCAGCAGCAACAUCAACAACACCACCCUUUUCACUACCGCUCGAAAAACAUCCAAAAGCGGCUUGGUCAAAAAAAAAAAAAAACUAAAAAGCAAGUUCUGAUCCACAGCAUCAUGAGAGACGGAAAGCUGGUGGGUGUUCCUCUGAGUAAAGACACCCGCAAGAAGCUGAUGCUUCUAAGGAAAAAGAGGGGCAGACUGCAGGAGGCGCUCAAGAAGAAAAAGAUCCUGGCGCAGCUGAGGGUAAAGGGCUGUGUGGUGAAGGCAAAGUCGUGGAGCGGAGGCGCCGUCACAGUCACCGGCCUCUCCUCCAUGGAAAUCCCCAUUAAGCGCUUCCCCUGCCCGAUCUGCCCCAGCGCCACCUACGCCCUCCCGGGUGCUCUGCUGGUCCACCGCGCCAUCAGGCAUCCUCCGAGGACCUCAGGCCGCAGCGCCCGCCUGCGCUGCCAGGUUUGUGGCAGGCGCAGCAGCUCACUACACAAAGCCUUGAAACACCGGGGCAAGCAUCUGAAGCAAGCCGCGUUCCAAUGCUCCAAAUGUCGACACCGCUUCUGGAACUCGCUGCUCCUAGCCCGCCACGACCUCUGCUGCCGGGGGCCGCCCAUCAGCAGGGGCUGGGAACUGAUGAAGAUGAAGUCCCCGCUGCCAGAAAGCGACCAAUCGCCGGCCCCGCUAGCGCUGCCGGCUCUGGUUCAGCCCGAGAGAUCAACAGUACUGACUGAGUACAGCCAGUAGACAACAAAAAAAAAAGACUGUUUUCUAGACUAGAUUGUUUUGAUGUUUUAUUUUUUUUAGAUAAUCCAAGAAGCAAGCAAGAGCUAGCACGUUUUUUUAACAGAACAAGUGGGGAGGGUUUAGUGUAACUACCGUAAUACCCCCACAAUGCACCCUGAUAAAUCUGUAUACAAUCCUGACUCACUGCAGCAGAGGGGGUUGGAAAUGAGGACUUCAAAAGGCCCUAAAUCGCCCUCAUCACCCUUCUGCAGGGUGGAGGAACUCUACACACUUUUUAGUAGCACCUGUUUUAAAAAACGCAUUAAUCCAGUUUCAUCAUCAUGUUUUAUUUUAUUCCUCCUAUUAGCAGUGUUUGCGCAUAAUAUGGAUUGGAUGCGGAUUGUAGAAGUGAGGUACCUUUUUAGUACCUGUUUAUUUUUUCAAGUUGUUUUCACAUUAUUCACAGUUAAUCCGUAUAGUCUGUGUCUCUUGCUCUGUAUGUUUAUUUGUUUCCCCCCCCCAGUGGAGAAUCUCCCACUUUUUAUACUGAGAUCUGCCCUGCCCUUUUAAGCUAAAUUAAUCUAUUAAGAAAGAUAAGUAAAGGGUCUAAUCUGUCACGAAAAGGCAGAUUGAUGUGCUAAAGUGACUGAAAAAGGAAAAGUAUUGGUGACCAUGUUUUUAAUGUACACUACUUUUGUCAUGUUUGUAAAGAGGCGUGGAAAGAAAACCAACUUUUAAUGUGUUCAGGAUUCGAAAAAGGACAACAGAAAUAACCGGAGUGUACUGAACAAUUCGUAUUAUAUUUUAUUAUAUAUUGAUUAUUUGCUGUUUUUUACUCCAAGUAUCCUUUCUUUUAUCAUUGUUGGUAUUGUAUGGGUGGGAGGGAACGAGGUGGGGUCUUUGUAAAACAGCAGGAUGAGUAUAUGUAUCGAUGUGAUAAUCCCCCCCCCCCCCAGUACCCUUUACCCGCUCCCUCAUUGCCACAGUGAAGCCCAAUUUUUGUAACCACAACGUGUACACAUAGUUCAUUACUUAG